AAAUAUUUUUUGAAAAUUCUAAACAAACCCUUGGGUGUCCCUCUCCAUUCAAACCCCCCUCACGUCUCUCUCUCUUCUUCGCAUUGUUUCAUUUUUGUGUUUUUGUUUUCUCGCCAUACCAAAACCCAAACCGAAAGCAUUUACAUAGAAUUUUCCAGAACUCAACAAAAGUCUACUGUCUUUAUAAGGAGCAGGCCAAUUUGACUCAAUAAAAUUGGUUAGUUCUUGGACAAGAUGAGCGUGGUAGGUUUUGAUUUUGGCAACGAAAGCUGUAUUGUUGCUGUUGCAAGGCAAAGGGGUAUUGAUGUUGUGCUUAAUGAUGAAUCAAAGCGCGAGACUCCAGCUAUUGUUUGUUUUGGUGACAAGCAGAGGUUCAUCGGGACUGCAGGAGCUGCUUCAGCUAUGAUGAACCCCAAAAAUACAAUCUCGCAGAUAAAACGUUUGAUUGGGCGACAAUUUUCUGACCCUGAGUUGCAAAGGGAUCUUAAGUCAUUGCCAUUUGCCGUCACUGAAGGUCCUGAUGGAUUUCCUUUGAUACAUGCACGAUACUUGGGUGAAAUAAAGACAUUUACUCCUACCCAAGUUCUGGGAAUGUUGUUGUCAGAUUUGAAAAGCAUAGCACAGAAGAAUCUGAAUGCGGCUGUGGUGGACUGCUGCAUUGGAAUUCCUGUUUAUUUCACUGACCUUCAAAGAAGAGCUGUGUUAGAUGCAGCCCAAAUUGCAGGCUUGCACCCUCUACGCCUGAUUCAUGAAACUACAGCGACAGCAUUGGCAUAUGGUAUUUAUAAGACGGAUUUGCCGGAAAAUGACCCAUUGAAUGUCGCCUUUGUGGAUGUUGGGAAUUCAAGUUUGCAAGUAUGCAUAGCGGGUUUCAAGAAGGGUCAACUUAAGAUAUUGGGUCACUCUUUUGAUCAGUCACUGGGUGGUAGGGAUUUUGAUGAAGUUCUAUUCCAGCAUUUUGCAGCUAAGUUCAAGGAUGAAUACAAAAUUGAUGUAUUCCAGAAUUCCCGGGCCUGCCUUCGACUUAGAGCUGCCUGUGAGAAAUUGAAGAAAGUUCUUAGUGCCAAUCCUGCGGCACCUUUGAGUAUUGAAUGUUUGAUGGAUGAGAAGGAUGUGAGGGGCUUCAUUAAGAGGGAUGAGUUUGAACAAAUUAGUGCUUCAAUUUUGGAACGUGUGAAGAGGCCUUUGGAAAAGGCUCUGGCUGAAACUGGUCUUUCUGUGGAGAAUAUUCACAUGGUUGAGGUUGUUGGUUCAGCCUCUCGUGUUCCUUCUAUAAUCAAGAUCUUAACAGAAUUCUUUGGUAAGGAGCCUAGGCGUACGAUGAAUGCAAGUGAGUGUGUUGCCAGGGGUUGUGCUUUACAAUGUGCAAUCCUUAGUCCGACAUUCAAAGUGAGAGAGUUUCAGGUAAAUGAGAGCUUCCCAUUUUCAAUUGCUUUGUCAUGGAAAGGCUCUGCAUCAGAGGCUCAAAAUGAAGCAACUGAUAACCAGCAAAACACUAUUGUGUUUCCAAAGGGAAAUCCAAUACCUAGUGUUAAGGCUUUGACUUUCUAUAGGUCAGGUACUUUCACUGUAGAUGUCCAGUAUGCUGAUGUGAGCGACUUGCAGGCACCUGCCAAGAUCAGUACUUAUACAAUUGGUCCCUUCCAAUCUACUAAAAGUGAACGGGCCAAAGUCAAAGUGAAAGUUCGAUUGAAUUUGCAUGGAAUUGUAUCCAUUGAGUCGGCAACACUCUUGGAGGAAGAAGAAAUUGAAGUUCCGGUCACAAAAGAGCCAGAAAAAGAAGCUGCUAAGAUGGAGACUGAUGAGACUCCUGCUGAGGCUCCUCCUUCAAGUUCUGAUGGGACUGAUGUAAAUAUGCAGGAUGCUAAGACAAGUGCUGAUUACCCUGGUUCUGAAAAUGGUGUUCCUGAGUCAGGUGAAAAGACUGCCGAAAUGGAGACUGAUGCUAAGGCCCCAAAGAAAAAGGUGAAGAAAACAAACAUCCCCGUGUUGGAAUUGGUAUAUGGUGGAAUGGUACCAGCAGAUGUGCAAAAGGCUGUGGAGAAGGAGUUUGAAAUGGCUUUGCAAGAUCGAGUAAUGGAAGAAACAAAAGAUAGGAAAAAUGCUGUUGAGGCUUAUGUCUAUGACAUGAGGAAUAAGCUUUGCGACAAGUAUCAGGAUUUUGUCACUGAUUCUGAAAGAGAGCAGUUUUCUGCUAGACUACAGGAAGUUGAAGAUUGGUUGUAUGAAGAUGGUGAGGAUGAAACCAAAGGUGUUUAUAUUGCCAAGCUUGAGGAGCUGAAAAAGCAAGGUGACCCCAUUGAAGAACGGUACAAGGAAUACACAGAAAGGAGUUCUGUGAUUGAUCAGCUUGCUUAUUGUAUCAACAGUUAUAGAGAGGCAGCUAUGUCUAGUGAUCCCAAAUUUGAUCACAUUGACAUGGCUGAAAAGCAGAAGGUGCUAAAUGAGUGUGUUGAAGCAGAGGCCUGGUUGAGAGAGAAGAAGCAGCAUCAAGACUCUCUUCCCAAAUAUGCUGCUCCUGUUCUUCUGUUAGCUGAUGUGAGAAGGAAAGCUGAAGCGCUUGACAGGUUCUGCAGGCCGAUAAUGACAAAGCCAAAGCCAACUAAAGCAGCCACUCCAGAGGCUCCAGCAACCCCGCCUUCCCAGGGAGGUGAAUCCCAACCACAUGGAGGGGAUGCCCAUCCAAAUGAAAAUGCAGGAAAUGCAACAGGUGAGGCAGCAGCAGCAUCUGGAGAACCUAUGGAGACUGAAAAGUCAGAAAACACCUCAAAUACUGCAUAAAUUAAUUAGAGUUGGCUUGUCUUUUAACGAUUUAUGCAGGCCAAGAUCUUGGUUCCUAUGUAUAAGAAUCUCUAUUUCCAUGAGCCUGGAACAAAAACUCUUUGGUGGGAUGAUGAUAUGUUUGUGCACUUUUUUUUUUUCCCUUUUUCAAUCUGUAAUGCCUUAAAUAUUAGGUGGUCUACAACAUUUUAUUGUUGUUAAGAGGGAGUCUCAGAUCCGGUUCUUUUAGAAGGGUUUUUAAGAAAAGUUGAUACUGCCUAAGGUUUCUCUCCCCAUUUAUGCGGUUGGGCGACGAAGGCUUGCUCUGAUAUAGAUUGUUUUACUGUUUUUAUUUUAUUUUAUUUUUGUGUCUUAUUAAGGAUCUACAUGCCUUCAGUGCAUCAUUUAGUGCCCGGAUUUUGUCAAUUCCAAGUUUCAAAUUGGUGUCAA